UUCCGGCACUGGCAAGCAUGGCGGCCGCGGAGCCCGGCAGCGCGGCCGGGGACUCGGAAGAAGCAGCCGCGGAGCAGGAUCCUGUGGAGGGCGGAGAGCAGGAGGCAGAGGCGGAGGAGGAGCAGGAGGAGUGUGAGGAGGCGUCUGGCGGCGGCCGGAAGCGGGUGGUGCCCGGGAUUGUGUACCUGGGCCACCUCCCGCCUCGCUUUCGGCCUUUGCACGUCCGGAACCUUCUUAGCGCCUAUGGCGAGGUCGGGCGCGUGUUUUUCCAGCCCGAGGACGGGUUCGUGAAGCGCAAGAAGAAGAAGGCGGCGGCGGCGGCGGCGGGCGGGAAGAAGCGGUCCAAGUACAGCAAGGACUACACCGAGGGCUGGGUGGAGUUCCGGGACAAGCGAGUUGCCAAGCGCGUGGCUGCCAGUCUGCACAACACGCCCAUGGGCGCCCGGAGGCGCAGCCCCUUCCGUUACGACCUGUGGAACCUCAAGUACCUGCACCGUUUCACCUGGGCUCACCUGAGCGAGCACCUGGCGUUUGAGCGCCAAGUGCGGCGGCAGCGCCUGAGGGCCGAGGUGGCCCAGGCCAAGCGGGAGACUGACUUCUACCUGCAGAGCGUGGAGCGGGGCAAGCGCUUCCUCGCCGCCGACGGGGACGCCACCCGCCCCAACGGCUCCUGGGCUUUCGCCCAGCGCCCCACGGAGCAGGAGCUCAGGGCCCGGAAGGCAGCACGGCCGGGGGGCCGGGAACGUGCCCGCCUGGCCAGCGUCCAGGAACAGGCCCGCUCCAACCGCGGGCUCCUCGCCAGGAUCUUCGGGGCCCAGCCUCCCCCGGAGAAGCCGCGCGCCGCCGACUCCGCCGCCUCCUAGCCCAGCGCCGCUUCCUGUCUGGCUGCUGCGAACCGUCCAGGCCGGCGUGGUUUGGGGGCUACACGCAGGGGUGUGAGGGGUUGCGGGAUCACCCCUGGCUGUACUCGGGACCAGGGUCCGGCACAUGCGAGCGCGUCCUCGCACUGGCCGCCACCGACCCCCUGCCCGCUCUCGCUGGUCCCCACUUUACUCUCUGUCCUGUCUGUCUGUCUGGCCUUCACCUCGCCCCCGCUCUCUCUGGCCCCCUCACUCACCCCCUGUUCCCUCUCGGGCCCCAGGCCAGCUGCUGCUCUGGUGAGUGCCGAGCCUAGAUCAGGGGUUUUUAACUCCGGGAUGUGCUUGCCGGAGGUGCCUUACCUGUGUGGCCUGAGCAUUUGGAGUGAACUUUUCUGUAGGGAUAUUGGGUGGCAGGAAAUAACAGACGACCCUUGGUAUGGGUCUUCCAUACCACCAGCAUGCGACAGCAGCUAGACCCAGGGCUGCAGAGACCAUUUGCGGACUGCACAUAUGCACGUGUGGGCGAGUGGGGUCUCGUCCCCUGCACUGAGUGGCCUAGAGCACGGAGUAGGGAGCAGACCCUGAGCGCGCCCAGGUGUGACCCCGAAACAAGCCUGCAGAGGUUGCUGGAGACCUCCCGGUAGGUGUGUGGGAGGGACAGGAUGCGCUGAGGAAGGUGGUUGGCUCUGGAGAGCAGGACCUUCAGUGUAUCAGCGUAUCCUUUCCUGGUCACCAGAACAUUCCGGAGGAGUGAACGAAAGUUCCAGAAGAGCUUGUGUACUCCAGUUGCAAACACUUGGCGCGGGUAGAGUGUUGGGCUCAAACCAUGUCAGGGCGGAGGAGGUGGGAGGGCCCAAAGGAUGCCCUCCAGGCCCAUUUCUUGUGGGGACUUUGCAACAUGCAUUUCCACAGGAGGAGCUGAAAAUUGGGGUGUCUCUGUAAGAGAUCUACGGUCUCAAUAUGGAUUAAAACUGGUCCAUCUGGAGGUGGUGAAACUUGAAGUGGUACUGUGAUGUUUGUGCUGUUCCCCUCACAGUCAUCAGUAUGAUAACCACGUGUUCCUUUGUGAAGUGGAUUCAUCUACUUUGACUCAUCUUGUUAAGAUCUUGCUUAAGCACACAAGUGGCCAGACAGUAAAAAAUUACAGAUAGUACUGCAAAUAGGGUGCUGGCCUCGCACCCUGCCAGCCGGGCUCACUGCACCUGGGUUUAGUCCUCGGCACCUGAUAUACACUCCUUGGUGACUCCUGAAGUCUCCAGCCUUUAUUUUUAUAUUUUAAUAGAUUAUGUAGGAUUAGAAUUUGACGUUUAGAUGAUAAUCAAUUGAUUACUGAGAAUUAGUUGUUUCUUAGAUUCUACCAGCCUGAUUCAAUAACUAAGUCACAGUGAAAAGAAAAUACAAUCUUUCAUGCUCUGA